UAUAAAAGUAAAAAGAAAAGAAAAAUAAGGGAGAAAAAUAGAAAGAGGAAGAGAAAGAGAGAUAGAGAAACAGAGCUUACAGAGCCUCCAUCGCUCUCUUUUCGCCGAUCGGAUCAUCGAAUCCCUUUUUCUUUUUUUUUUUUUUUGGAGAAUCCCAAAGUUUUGCAUUUUCGAAACCUUGAGUUUUUAGCUCUUUCUCUUUCUCGUCCUAAUAUUUUUAUUUUAUUUUUCAAUCAAAAUUUUGUUCUCCGUUUUGAGUGUUUUUCCCGGUCGAUCAACUUGUCGACUUAGAAAAAAAAGAGGAAAGGAAAAUCCAAUUUUGUUUAAUUAGGGUUUGAUAUGGCUGCAAAUAUUAAUACGGCUAAUUUCAAUACCUCCGCUGCAGCGACAGCUGUUAAUCACUCUCCCAGUAGCCCUAACCAAUCACGUCGUGCCACGAGGGCAGUUUCUUCGCCCUGGACUCAAAUCGUCCGUGGAGAAUCGGAGCCGAUCGCGGCUGUUCCUUUAUCGCCUUCUUCCUCUUCUUCGUCGUCACCAUCAAGGGCUGUGAUUGAGCCACCUGCUACCAACGUGGUCGAAGAGGAAGGCGUGGAGAAUGCGAGUGCUGGGCCCAAUGGCAAUGCCGGUAAGAGGCCGGCUUGGAACAAGCCUUCUAACGGUGCUGCCGAGAUUGGGUCCGUUAUGGGGGCCCACAUGUGGCCUGCUUUGUCUGAGUCCGCUAGGGUUUCUUCCAAAUCCUCUUCUGAUUCACCCAGAGCUUCAGCGGAUGGAUCAUCUUCUCCUGUUGUCCCUGUUUCCCAGGGGAGUGGAAGUGCAUUAUUGUCAUCGUCUUCACAGAAACAAGUGAACAACAGUGCAGACUCAAAUUCAAAUUCAACUCCAAACCAUUCAAUGCCUGCACGCCAGAGGUCAAUGAAGCGAAAUAAUAAUAACUCAGCAUCUAAUGGUGGCCUCUCCCAGCCACCACCUCAGAGUUCUAUGGUUGAAGCACCUGUGAAUAGCCCUUCUUCUAAGGACCAUAUGCAGAGAAGUGGAUUUGUGUCACAGCCUCAUACUGGUGGUAAUGAUCACCCACACCCUCGGAAUUCAUUCAGACAUCGUAAUGGUGGUUCGCAUCCACGAGGAGAUGGUUCUCACCAUCAGAAUUAUGGAGGCAGGCGCAAUCAUGACCAUGGAAAUCAUGAUUGGAAUGGUCGAAACUUUAAUAGUAGGGAUGGUCACAUGCAGCCAAGAGUUGUUCCCAGGUUAAUGAGGCAUCCGCCGCCACCUCCACCACCUAAUACUGCAGCAUUUAUUGCUCCCCCGCAUGUGAUCCCUUUUGCCGGUCCCAUUGGAUUUCCCGAAUUGCCAUCUAAUGUUUAUUUAGUCCCAGCUCCUCCUCCAGAGUCGCUUAGAGGUGUGCCAUUUGUUGCACAAAUGCCCCCGGUGUUUUUCCCUGCUCCAGAGCCUCAAGACCAUUUGUUGCAUGCUAGUAUCGUGAAUCAGAUUGAUUAUUAUUUCAGUGAUGAAAAUCUAGUUAGGGAUAUAUACUUGCGGAAGAACAUGGAUGACCAGGGCUGGGUUCCUAUUAAAUUAAUAGCAGGCUUCAAAAAGGUUUCACUUUUGACUGAUAAUAUUCAACUUAUAUUGGAUGCUCUGCAGAGUUCAACAGUUGUGGAAGUGCAGGGUGACAAAGUAAGGAAGCGGAGUGAUUGGAUGCGAUGGAUAAUGCCACCUUCUGUUCAGUUCCCUAUCAUGUCUGUUCAGGAUGUUACGCUGGUUGCUCGUGUUCAAAAUAUUUCAUUGGAUCAGAGAAAUGGUAAGCAGAGUGGUCCAAGGAGCCAAGAAGAUUCUCAUGCUGAUGGACUAUCAGGUAGAUCAUCAUCGGGGGACUUCAAUAAUCAGUCACAGCUAUUCAGAAGUGAGGGAACUGUUGUCGCUGCUCAAGGUGGUGCCGCAAGUAAUUCAAAAUAAGCUAAAUGUGUCACAACACAUUUCUUUGCUAAAGUUCCUCUGGAAGAUAGAGCCGAGGAUGCUUUUGAGACCAUGGGUGAUUAUCUUGCCUUUCUUGAAGAAAGUGGUUUUGCCUUGGCACGAUGAAAUAUGAUUCAUCGUGCAGCAAAUUAGAGAAAACAUUACAAGAAAACGAAAACAAGAUCUGGAAAAAGAAAAAAAAGAAUUUGAACCUUUUAGACUUGAGCUAGUAGCACGAAAUUAUUGUGGCUGUAUGUAUUGGUUUUUUUUAAAAACGGGGUUUCUUUCACUAUUUGUGGUGGCUUGAUUGGUGUUUGAAUCUGGGGAGUUUUGAUUUGCUUCCCCUAGUUACCCCUCAGCUGUUUUUUUUUUUAACAUGGUUUCCUCCCUUCAAGGCCUACAUCAUUUACCAAGAAUUGCAUUUUAUUUAUGUAUCUAUAGAUGUCAAGGACGUGCA